GUCAGUUCACUGACCAACCACGGCGCGACCUCAUUGCCGUAAAGUGUGACGAUGAGGUCCAGAAUGAUGAGACUGGAGUUUCACUCAUAAUUUCUUGAAUUUAAAGCGAUUCUCGCCAUUAUCGACUGUGACAGAAACUUCACUAUGGCAGUCCCUGCUUUGCUCAUUCUCUAUGGCAGCCAGACCGGGACGGCCCAGGACACAGCUCAGAGGAUUGCGAGGCAGGCGCUGAGAAGGCGUCUCCGAGUGCAUUUGUCUAGCCUUGAUGACUACAAUGUUGCUAACUUGAUCUCCGAGUCACUUGUUGUUUUUGUCUGCUCUACCACUGGCCAAGGAGACCCUCCCGACAACAUGAAGAUCUUCUGGAGAUUCCUCUUCAGGAAAUCUUUACCUCUUGGAUCUCUGUGUCAAGUGGACUGUGCUGUACUAGGCCUGGGAGACUCUUCUUAUCCUAAGUUCAAUUUUGUGGCCAAGAAGCUCCACAAGCGUCUUGAACAGUUGGGUGCUACAAUGUUACUACCUGUUGGGCUAGCUGAUGACCAACAUGACCUGGGGCCCGAUGCAGUGAUUGAAAUGUGGUUAAAGUCAUUUUGGGAAAAAGCCUUUGCCCUGUACCCACGUUUUGCGGAUAUGAUCCCACUGAGAGACGAUGAGCCGCUUCCUCCAACAUACACUUUUAAUUUCCUGGAUGAUGUAAACGAGAAGACAGAUAACUGUCAAAGAAUUCCUACCCAGCAAACUGGCCUCUCUGAAGGGAAUCCCUUUCAUGCCAAAUUGCUGUCCAAUGAGAGAGUAACUGACCCGGUGCAUUUUCAAGACGUGAGGCACAUUGAUUUUGACAUCACGGGAUCUAACAUAGAUUUUACUGCAGGUGACGUUGUUAUGAUGCGUCCUUGCAACGCCGCCGAAGAUGUUCAGGAAUUCUGUAAUCUGUUGGGAUUAAAUCCAGAGGCCAGAUUUUCUCUUACAGCAACAGAUGGUUGUAAAGUUCCUACGAGGCUUCGGCAGCCAUGUACGUUGCGUGACCUGGUGGAACGCUACCUAGACAUUGCAGCGGUGCCUCGUCGCUCCUUCUUCGAACUGCUUGCCACCGUCUCCACAAAUGAGUUGGAGCGGGAAAAGCUGAUUGAGUUCAGCUCAGCAGAAGGUCAGGAGGAUCUGCACAUAUACUGCAAUCGACCGCGCCGAACAGCAUUAGAGGUCUUAGCAGACUUUCCCCAAACAACAGCACAACUCAAAGUGGACUACCUGCUGGAUCUUUUUCCUGAGAUCCAGCCACGUUCAUUUUCCAUUGCUUCCUCUCUCCGGGCUUACCCACACAGGCUCCAGAUCCUGGUAGCGGUUGUAAACUAUAAAACCAAGAUCUAUAAACCACGAAGAGGCCUCUGUUCCACGUGGUUGGCCUCGCUUGACCCCACAAUAGGAGAUGUCUUUGUGCCCCUCUGGGUCAAAAAGGGAAGUCUCAAGUUUCCCACAGAAACAAACAUCCCUGUGAUCAUGGUUGGACCUGGAACAGGAGUGGCACCCUUUAGGUCAGCUUUACAAGAGAGGAUUGCCGAAGGUAAAAAUGCCAAUGUCCUUUUCUUUGGCUGUCGAUCAGAGUCUAAAGACUUCUACUUCAGGUCCGAGUGGAAGGACAUGACAAAAAAUGGACAAUUGACCCUUUUCACAGCUUUUUCUCGGGACCAGGAAGAAAAAGUUUAUGUGCAGCAGCGUGUGCGAGAAAACGCGCUGCUCAUUUGGGACUUGAUCGCAAAUAAAGGUGCCUACUUUUACAUUGCUGGGAAUGCUAAAGACAUGCCAAAUGGUGUGUGCGAUGCACUGAAGGCGGUGUUUCAACAGAAUGGAGGUCUUUCCUCUGAGGAUGCGGAGAAGAUGCUAGCGGGCAUGGAGAAGUCUGGAAAAUUCCAGAGUGAGACCUGGUCCUGAUCAGUUGCUUUCAGAACUGUAGCCUUCAUAUUCCACAGAAAUAGCAACUGCUGCUUAGGCUGUACUGUGAAAAGUAAGCAACAUUCUUUGGAAGGAGCAUAAUUGUCUAUUUUAAAAGGAUUGAAGAGCAUUUCAAACCUGCUGCUGAAAUCAAUUAGGUUUUCUUAACUCAGCUUUUGAAUGAAUGGACAUUCGCCUUUGAGUUUUUAUUCCUAUUACAAGACAUACAGUGGGGCAAAUAAGUAUUUAGUCAACCACUAAUUUUGCAAGUUGUCCCACUUGAAAAUAUUAGAGAGGCCUGUAAUUG